ACUUUGCUGCUCACAGUCACUUCGUCCCCUCCAGGGAUGGCUCUGAGCUCUCGGGCGCACGCCUUCUCGGUGGAAGCCUUGGUAGGGAGAUCCGGCAAAAGAAAAUCUCAAGACCCAAGAGAGGAGCCACAACCAGAGCUGCAGGAGAAAGAGGGCGGAGAGGAAGAGGAGGAGAGAAGGAACAGCGCUGCUGCAGAGAAGAGUGAGCAGCCCGAAAGGAAGCGACUCAAGACCGAAUCCUUAACAACUGCCUUCUCGGGCUGUGCUGAUGGUGAUGGCAACAGUCACGAAAGUCCGGAAGAGAAAGAUAUUAUUCAAGUGGAACUUCAAGGAUCUGAGCUGUGGAAGAGAUUCCAUGACAUCGGAACUGAGAUGAUCAUUACCAAGGCCGGCAGGCGGAUGUUCCCCUCAGUUCGGGUCAAGGUGAAAGGACUGGACCCAGGGAAGCAGUACUAUGUGGCCAUAGAUGUGGUACCAGUGGAUUCCAAACGCUAUAGAUACGUGUAUCACAGCUCGCAGUGGAUGGUAGCUGGGAAUACUGACCAUUCGUGCAUCACUCCCAGAUUCUAUGUCCACCCGGACUCCCCCUGCUCAGGAGAGACCUGGAUGCGGCAGAUCAUCAGCUUUGAUAGGGUGAAACUCACAAACAAUGAGAUGGACGACAAAGGCCAUAUAAUUCUGCAGUCCAUGCAUAAGUACAAGCCCCGCGUGCAUGUGAUGGAGCAAGACAGCAGAGUUGACCUGUCCCGGAUUCAGUCCCUGCCAGCUGAAGGGGUUAAAACGUUCUCCUUUAAAGAAACUGAAUUCACCACAGUGACAGCUUACCAAAAUCAGCAGAUUACCAAACUGAAAAUAGACAGGAAUCCUUUUGCUAAAGGCUUUAGAGAUCCAGGAAGAAACAGGGGUGUAUUGGAUGGGCUCUUAGAGACCUACUCAUGGAGACCUUCUCUUAUUCUGGAUUUAAAAACCUUUGGUGCUGACACACAAAGUGGAAGCAGUGGCUCUUCUCCAGUGACCUCUAGUGGAGAGGCUCCUUCUCCUUUGAGCUCCUUACUUUCUCCACCUUGCUCUCCACCUACAUUUCACUUACCUACAAGCUCCCUUGGAAUGACCUGUCCAGAGACGUACCUACACAGUAUCAACCUGCCCCUUUGCUACAAGAUUUGCCCAACUAAUUUUUGGCGACAGCAACCUCUUGACUUACCUGCUCCUGAAAGGCUGACAAGCAGCAACAGAUCUCAGUCUUUAGCCCCACUCAUGAUGGAAGUGCCCAUGUUAUCUUCUCUAGGGGUCACCAAUUCAAAAAGUGGUUCCUCUGAAGACUUCAAUGGGCAGUGUGUACACACACCUCAUUCUGCCAAUCAAAUGUUAUAUGGAUUGCAGGCAUCUGGAAAUAUUUUCCCACCAAACCCCAUCACCCAGGAGGUACUCAGUUGCUCUUUCCGCCCUUCCUAUGGCUUUUAUAGAUACAACUUCUCUAUGCCUUCUAGACUGGUAAAUACUUCCAACCACCUGAAAGGGAAUGACAACAGUCAAGUCUCUUUUAGAGAAGGCAAAUGUAAUCAUGCUCACUGGUAUCCAACAAUCAACCAUUGCCUUUAA